AUGAGGCAGCUCCAAGAGAUUAACCAUUGUUUUAUCAUUUUGAUCCAGCAGGCUGAUGUUGAAGAAACACUGAAGAGGAUUGAAUCCCACAAAGGUGUGAUUGGAACUGUAGUGGUAAAUGCAGAAGGCAUUCCCAUCAGAACUACUUUAGAUAACUCCACAACAGUUCAGUAUGCAGGACAUCUUCGCCAGCUCACAAUGUUGGCCAGGAGCAUGGUCAGAGAUAUUGAUCCUCAGAAUGACCUGACCUUUGUCCGAAUCCGCUCCAAGAAACACGAGAUCAUGGUUGCACCAGAGAACAACUUUCUGCUGAUAGUCAUCCAGAACCCAUGUGAAUAA